UGAGCUGCCAUCCAUCUCUCUCUCUCUAACGGAAGAAAACAAGACAACCCAAAGGAAGUUUGAGCACCUUAGCAGGUGAUCCCACCUAAGGCCAUCUUUCUCUCUUUUUCUCUCUCUAGACAUAUAUGUUGAUUCUGAGGGCUAGUGCAGCCGUGCAGAAAGUUGUGUCUCGGAUCCCUAUAUACGGUCUAUCUCGUGAACGCCAAUAACGAGAAAACUGCCUACUUUUUCUCCACUCAUAAACACUAACCACGCUUGAGUAUAAAGGGGAUUGUGGUCCUCAACCCAGCUUUUGUAUUCCGUAAUAAUUCUCUCCAUAGAGUCCAUACUCCAUUACCCUUUCUCUGUUUUCUUCUACUGCUCCCUUCUGUUGCAUUCCCAAGCCUUUCACAGAGAGAGAAGAGAGAGAGUAAGGUUAUUGAGGGACUGAGCAAUGCAGGAAACAAGUGGGUUGGGAAUAUUAGGGGGUAGCGGUGGUUCUGGAGCUGGUGGGUUAAACGAGGAUGUGCCCAUGUCGGUUUCGCUAGCGAUUUCAGCGGAGCAACAGCGGCAGCUCAAGGCGGAGAUCGCUACACACCCGCUCUAUGAGCAGCUUCUAGCUGCCCAUGUUGGGUGUCUCCGUGUGGCUACUCCAAUUGACCAUUUACCUUUCAUCGAUAUGCAGCUUGGGCAGGCUCACCAUCUCCUUCGUUCUUACGCUUCCCUGCAUCAUCACCAACCAACUGCCCUCUCUCCCCAUGAGAGACAGGACCUCGACAACUUCUUGGAACAAUAUCUGUUGGUGCUAUACUCAUUCAAAGAACAACUUCAACAACAUGUUCGUGUCCAUGCUGUGGAGGCUGUUAUGGCUUGCCGUGAAAUUGAACAAUCCUUCCAAGCUCUCACAGGAGCAACUCUUGGUGGAGGAACAGGAGCAACAAUGUCAGAUGAUGAAGAUGAUGAAGUCCAAACGGAUGGUGGUUUAGAUCAAACAGGUCCUGAUGGGUUUGACAUGACAGGAUUUGGUCCAUUGCUUCCGACAGAAUCUGAACGAUCUCUUAUGGAGAGAGUUAGGCAGGAAUUAAAGAUUGAACUGAAACAGGGAUUUAGGUCAAGAAUUGAAGAUGUAAGAGAGGAGAUAUUAAGAAAAAGAAGGGCAGGAAAAUUACCUGGUGAUACAACUUCGGUGUUGAAAAAUUGGUGGCAACAACACUCAAAGUGGCCCUAUCCUACGGAGGAUGACAAGGCAAAACUUGUGGAGGAGACGGGCUUGCAACUUAAACAAAUUAACAAUUGGUUCAUCAACCAAAGAAAGCGCAACUGGCACACUAAUUCUCAAUCAAUGACCUCUUUAAAGUCCAAACGCAAAAGGUAGACCAAUUCAUUUUACCUGCUCUGGCUUAUGGAGAAACAUGAAACAUACUUUACGAGAAAAUAGAUGUUAUGUGAAUUCAUGGGUAGCUGAUUCUAUCUAAACCCCUCCAUCAGCUGGGGGAAGAAGGGUGGCAGUUAGAGAAGUUUAAGAUUAGGAAUGCAGUAUAAGCAGAUAAUGUAUUAUAUGUAUGUAGCAGCACUGAUCUGUUUUCCAUCACAUCGUUCAACAAAGAGUCAAAGCAAUGCUUCUAACCAUUGGAGGCCUCUGUUUCCCUGAACUCUACAGAAAGGAACAGUAAGUAAUGCCUGAAGCAGAAGUGCACUUUCUGAAGGGAAAAUAGUCUACUAUGUGAUGCAGGGUAAAUUCACAGUUAAAAUCUGAGACUGUGUAAUGUUUUUCUUGGUGUAUGAUAAAGUUUGGGGGAGGGACAAAUGUAUUGCCUUGAAAGUUCUCUUUGCUUGUGUGUGUGUGUGUGUGUGUGUGUGUGUGUGUCAAUGAGUGUCACUUCCAUGGUUCAUUGAAUUUGCUCAUCUUAUAUUUCAGUAAGCUAAUGUAAAUCAUAUAUUGCAGACUUCCAGGAAACCUUAUGAUUUAAGUUCAUUGAUCUGUAAUAUUUAGAAGUUAGAAAAACUCUUAUACAGACAUGAAUAACUACCUUUGUUGCUGCAAUGGUAUCAUUGAAUAAAGCCAUACCACUGAUCCAUGUAAAA